GAUGGGUCGAAUGCGUGAGGAUCCAUUUGCAGCUUGUUUAUUAAAAGUACUUACAGAGUAGACAGGACAAAGGCAGAGACACAAACAGGGACAGGCAAUGGUCGAGGCAGGCAGCAGACAAACUGUAUCGGGUCACAGGCGGAGAUCAGGGCAGGCAGCAAACAAUCACAGUCCAGUACACAGGCAAGGUUCAGGGCAGGCAGCAGAGAAUCACAACGAAUAAACAAUCCAACGGUAACAGGGUAAACAGUCCACAAGAAAACGCUCAGAGUUGAUCACCGGGGCAAAUCAAGACUUCGCAAAGGGUGUGUGUGUGUGUGUGUCUUAAAUAGUCCAGGUAAUGAUCUGCAGGUGUGUGUGGCAAUUGGUGAUUGGUGCAUGUGAUUGGAAGGGAGGAUUAUGGGAAGUGGAGUCCAGGAACUGACAGGAACAGACAGUGAUCGUGACAUAACGCCCCCCUUCCGGAAGGCGCGUCCUCGCGGCGUAAAUGGCACAGAUAGGGAGGGGGGGUGGGUACAUUGGAGACCUGUUGGCAGACGGGAACGGGGUCUCCAAUGCAGGUCCAGGAACUCGGGCAGCCACGGGGGGUCAGGUGCCACGGGCAGCCACGGCGGGUCAGGUGCCACGGGCAGCCACGGCGGGUCAGGUGCCACGGGCAGCCACGGCGGGUCAGGUGCCACGGGCAGCCACGGCGGGUCAGGUGCCACGGGCAGCCACGGCGGGUCAGGUGGCUUAGGCGGCCACGGUAGGUCAGGUGGCUUGGGCGCCCACGGUAGGUCAGGGUCCGUAGCCGGCCACAGCAGUUCACAGGCGGUUGAAGGCCGUGGGCGUGUAAGGUCCCCACCCGCAAGCUCAAGCAAUUCGGAGGCCGCUGAUGAUCGCGGCCGUGCAGGGUCCCCACCCACAAGCUCCCCACCCUCAGGUAUAUGGCCCCCCCCCAAAAAGUUCUUGGGGAAUUCAACGGAGGCCGUGGCGGUUUCGUGGGUAAGGAGCUCGGGUGGCGCCGGCAGGGCGAGGAGCUCGGGUGGCGCCGGCAGGGCGAGGAGCUCGGGUGGCGCCGGCAGGGCGAGGAGCUCGGGUGGCGCCGGCAGGGCGAGGAGCUCGGGUGGCGCCGGCAGGGCGAGGAGCUCGGGUGGCGCCGGCAGGGCGAGGAGCUCGGGUGGCGCCGGCAGGGCGAGGAGCUCGGGUGGCGCCGGCAGGGCGAGGAGCUCGGCGACGGCCUCCGUGGCCGUAUCAGGAAGAGCGGGCUGCUCUGGGACGGCAGCGGACUGCUCUGGGACGGCAGCGGACUGCUCUGGGACGGCAGCGGACUGCUCUGGGACGGCCUCCGGGCCUACAGCGGGCUCUGGGACGGCCUCCGGGCCUACAGCGGGCUCUGGGACGGCCUCCGGGCCUACAGCGGGCUCUGGGACGGCCUCCGGGCCUACAGCGGGCUCUGGGAAGGCCUCCGGGCCUACAGCGGGCUCUGGGAAGGCCUCCGGGCCUACAGCGGGCUCUGGGAAGGCCUCCGGGCCUUGAGGGAUGGAGGAAGCCUUCUUCCUCCUCCUCCUCCUCCGUUUACAUGGUUGAGGCGGUGGCUCUAUGCCUACCUCCUCUGAGGGCGCUGCAGCGGGCUCACGGGUUGGAGCGGACUUGCGGACUGGAGCUGGUUCUGGAGUGGACUCACUGGCUGGAACGACCCCUAUGUUCCCAGACACUGGCGGGGCGGCCAUCUUGCCCGUGGGCACUGGCAAAGCGGCCAUCUUGUCCAUAGCAUCCAGAGAAUUUGAGUGCGUGGCAACCGGCGAGCUUGAGUGCGUGGCAACCGGCGAGCUUGAGUGCGUGGCAACCGGCGAGCUUGAGUGCGUGGCAACCGGCGAGCUUGAGUGCGUGGCAACCGGCGAGCUUGAGUGUGAAGCGGCCGGCGGAGGCUUAGGAAUGCCAGCCGCUCGUACUGAAGUCAGCGCUGGAUCAGCCACACUGGAACGCAACCCACUCCGCUCCCAAACAGAUCCAGAGACGUGAUGUAAUUCUAGAGGAUCAACGGAGACUUGACUUGGCUCUGGAAGAUCAGCGGAGACAUGAUGUGAUGAUGUUGUGGCCGCCAUUUUGUGCAGGCUCUCUUUAGAGGCAGCCAUUACAUGGGGGGACGAGGUGUCGCGUUCCUCCGCGACACCCACAGUAAAAAGUGAACCAACAGUAAGCAGGGCAAAGUCCAGAAAUUCCACAAACGACCCUCGGGGACCAUUAGUAAGUAAGUAGUCCUUCAAUGGUUCGUUUAAUCCAUAGCCAAAGAAGUCAAUGAGGGCACAGUCAGGCAGGUCAGAGAAAUAGGCAAUGUCUAAAAACUUCUGAAUGUGGUCCUCGAGUGUACAAUUACCUUGCCGAAGGCGGACGAGACGUAUUGCUGGGUCCAUGCUAAGGCUGGAAGCGCUCGUAGAAGCUGCUGGAUCGUUUGAGGGCGAAGUCUUCUGUAAUGAUGGGUCGAAUGCGUGAGGAUCCAUUUGCAGCUUGUUUAUUAAAAGUACUUACAGAGUAGACAGGACAAAGGCAGAGACACAAACAGGGACAGGCAAUGGUCGAGGCAGGCAGCAGACAAACUGUAUCGGGUCACAGGCGGAGAUCAGGGCAGGCAGCAAACAAUCACAGUCCAGUACACAGGCAAGGUUCAGGGCAGGCAGCAGAGAAUCACAACGAAUAAACAAUCCAACGGUAACAGGGUAAACAGUCCACAAGAAAACGCUCAGAGUUGAUCACCGGGGCAAAUCAAGACUUCGCAAAGGGUGUGUGUGUGUGUGUGUCUUAAAUAGUCCAGGUAAUGAUCUGCAGGUGUGUGUGGCAAUUGGUGAUUGGUGCAUGUGAUUGGAAGGGAGGAUUAUGGGAAGUGGAGUCCAGGAACUGACAGGAACAGACAGUGAUCGUGACAGUUACAGAGUACAUCCAACAUUCAAGAAUAAAAUCUGAAAAUUUUAUAAUUUGUUAAAAAAAAAAAAAAAGGUGAAAUCAUAGGAAAAUGUAUUAUGUGAAAAUGUUGCAUAGCUUGCUCCACUU